ACUGCAAUAGACUUGAAUCGAGAGACAUAUGAGAUAGGUUUGCCCAUCAUUCAGAAAGCUGGUGUUGAACACAAAAUCAACUUCAUUCAAUCUCCUGCUCUCCCAAUUCUCAAUGGGCUUUUACAAGAUGAAGAGAAUGAAGGGAGUUUCGACUUUGCCUUUGUGGAUGCAGACAAGAACAAUUACUGGAACUACCAUGAGAAACUGAUGAAAUUAGUGAGGCCUGGCGGACUGCUCAUCUAUGACAACACUCUCUGGGGAGGCACUGUUUGCUGGCCAGAGGAGGCUGUUCAUGAAAGCAAAAGAGAACUCAGGAAGCAUGUGAUGGAGUUUAACAGAUUGAUUUCUGCUGAUCAUCGCAUUGAGCUUGUUCUUGCUUCCAUUGGAGACGGGAUGAACAUCUGCAGGCGCAUUUUCUGAUACUCUUCUCGAUUGCUCCCUACAUGUUAAGAGUUUGAUAUCUCUACUCUACAUCAUUAAGUGUGGGAUUGUUGAAACACUAUUAGAUUCAAGUUGUCGUUAGUUGAGUACUUCUGUUUCAUCAACAUUUUGUCUCGUAAUCCAUGUAUCAUGUCUUUGUCUUUCACUUGUUUUGCUUUAUAUGAUCUAAUAAUUAUGGAAAAUGUGUAAAAGCAUUUUUUUAUAGAACUUUUUUUUGGAACGGAUAUAAGAUGACAUC